AUGUCACUUGUUAAUCCUACACUUGUUGAAAAAGUGAUUUAUUGGUUAUUAAAUAUUAUUUUACCAACAAUAAAUGCACAAGCUAUUGUAACAUACAUACUAUCAGAAAAAAGUAAAUUUUGUCAAAUAUUUAUUAUUAGUGAUUUUACAUUUUUUAAACCAAUUGGUAAUGAUACAAUGGAAUGGAAUUGGAUAGUUCUUAUUUUACAUAUUAUUAUUUCAUUAUUAAUUUUAAUUGCUAUGGAUUGUGGUUUCUUCAAAUUUCGAAUGAAUUUUUCAUUAGAACGUCGUCGAGUUUUAAAUUUAAAUCAUUCAAUAACAGAUAAAAAUCUAUUGAAUCCAGCUAAUAAUGAAGAAAGAUACGAUACCGAUCAUUUAAUAGUUCAUGAUCUUGUUAAACGUUUUCCUGGUCGUAAUGUUUGUGCUGUCAAUCAUUUAGUAUUCGGUGCCAAACGUGGUGAAGCAUUUGGUUUGCUUGGUUAUAAUGGUGCAGGUAAAACAACAACAUUUCGUAUACUUGUUGGUGAUGAACUAGCAGCUGAAGGUACUGCUUAUAUAGAUGAACAAAAUGUUAAUCGUCGUUUAAGAUCAAUACGUCAAUUAGGUUAUUGUCCACAAGAAAAUUGUAAUAUGAACUUUUUAACUAUUCAAGAUAGUUCAUAUUUAUUAGCACGUAUACGUGGUGUAAAUUUUUCACGAAUAUAUUCUCUUGUUCAAACAAUUAGUUCAUUAUUUUUACUUGAUCCAUUUCUUAAAAAUUAUAUUCAUCAAUUGACUGGAGGAACAAAACGACGAUUACAUGCUGCACUUGCAUUAAUUGGACCACCAUUAGUAGCAAUUCUUGAUGAACCAACAACUAAUGUUGAUCCAAAUGGUCGACAACAAAUACAACAAAUACUUAUUAAUGCUGUUAAAGCAAAAUUAACUAUUAUAUUAACAAGUCAUUCAAUGGAUGAAUGA